AUGGCGUCCACAGAGUCCAUCCUCCAGGGUGUCUCCAUCUCGGGCGACGUGCAGCCGGAGCACAAGAAGAUCCUCACACCGCAAGCGCUAGCCUUCCUAGCACUAUUGCACCGUUCCUUCAACACCACGCGUAAGGCUCUGUUGGAGCGCCGCAUUAUCCGCCAGGCCGAGCUCGAUAAGGGCUACCUACCGGACUUCCUCCCAGAGACAAAGCACAUCCGCGAGAACCCGACAUGGAAGGGCGCCCCGCCCGCCCCUGGUCUCGUCGACCGAAGGGUCGAGAUCACGGGCCCGACUGAUCGCAAGAUGGUGGUGAAUGCGCUGAACUCCGAUGUCUGGACUUAUAUGGCUGAUUUCGAAGACUCUAGCGCCCCUACCUGGGACAACAUGAUCAAUGGCCAAGUAAACCUGUACGAUGCGGUGCGACGGCAGGUAGAUUUUAAGAUCGGACCCAAGGAGUACAAGCUGCGGACAGACCGAGUGCUUCCAACGCUAAUUGUGCGCCCACGUGGCUGGCACCUAGACGAGAAGCACGUUACGGUGGACGGGGAGCCGAUCUCGGGCUCUCUCUUCGAUUUCGGUUUGUACUUCUUCCACAACGCGCGCGAGUCUGUGGCGGCAGGGUUCGGCCCUUACUUCUACCUACCUAAGAUGGAAUCGCACCUCGAGGCGCGCCUGUGGAACGACGCGUUCAACCUAGCGCAGGAUUACAUCGGCAUUCCGCGCGGCACGAUCCGCGGCACCGUGCUAAUCGAGACCAUCCUCGCCGCCUUCGAGAUGGACGAGAUCAUCUACGAGCUGCGCGACCACAGCUCCGGGCUCAACUGCGGUCGCUGGGACUAUAUCUUCAGCACGAUCAAGAAGUUCCGCCAGAACAGCAAUUUCGUGCUGCCCGACAGGGGCUCGGUGACGAUGACGGUGCCGUUCAUGGACGCGUAUGUCAAGUUGCUGAUCCAGACGUGUCACAAGAGAGGCGUGCAUGCCAUGGGUGGUAUGGCGGCGCAGAUCCCGAUUAAGGAUGAUAAAGAGGCGAAUGAUAAGGCAAUGGAGGGCGUGCGCGCGGAUAAGUUGAGGGAGGUUAGGGCUGGUCACGACGGAACGUGGGUAGCUCAUCCCGCCCUGGCGUCCAUCGCCUCCGAGAUCUUCAACAAGCACAUGCCGACGCCAAACCAGCUGUUCCGACGCCGCGAGGACGUCAAGAUCGGCCAGAAUGACUUACUAAACAUGAAUGUGCCGGGCAAGAUCACCGAGGAGGGUAUCCGGAAGAACCUGAACAUCGGACUGGGGUACAUGGAGGCCUGGGUCAGGGGCGUUGGCUGUGUGCCGAUUAACUACUUGAUGGAGGAUGCCGCCACAGCCGAGGUCUCUCGAUCACAAUUAUGGCAGUGGGUACGACACGGCGUGACGACGGCCGAGGGUAAGAAGGUAGACAAGGCUUACGCGCUCAAGCUCCUCAAGGAGCAGACGGAGCAGCUCGCAGCCAACGCGCCAAAGGGCAACAAGUUCUCCCUCGCGUCGCAGUACUUCGCCGGCCAGAUCACCGGCGAAGACUACGCCGACUUCCUAACUACCCUGCUAUAUAACGAGAUCACGUCCGUAGGGAACGCGGCGCCGGCUAGUAAGCUAUAA